AUGGUCGCCCUCUCUUGGCGGCCUUGUCGGGGGUUGAAUACAAGCCCCUUGAGGCCAUAUCCCAACUGGGACUUACUUGCCGAGGCUGGGUGGUAUGACACCACAGGAAAGAAAGGUCAUCUCAAGGAAUAUGCCCCAUCACCUCAGGAGGAAGUCUCAAGCUGCCUUCAGCGAAGUCUAGAAUCAGAGCCUUUGGUGUCACGGUUUACUGAGGAUGAUACCUUGCCAUCGGAUUGUGGGAAGGUAGAGGGCACACCUAUAGCCACCUCUCCUUGGACAGUCACUCCCCCUGAACAUUCCGAAGAGAAGGCCAAGGAGCUGGAGCAUGCCCAAUCUUUUGACUUGAAAGACUUUGCAUAUUUCUACGACCAUGACGGACGCGAUCACGCAAGCACACACCUUGAAGGCCAUGCGUUGCCCAAAACACCUAUUUCGCAACCAGCAGUUACCAAGACUGCCCCCGUACUUGGACCAAGCAAAGUGUGGGCUCUUCCGCCACGAAUCCGUCGCAGAAAGAAAACAAAGCCGGUUGGCGAGAGACCGCCGAGCAGCAAGGUCAACCCCAUCGAUAAACCCAAACCGAAGAAACGGGGUGCUUUUACCGACAAAGCCAAGAAACGCAGCACGGCCCUGACUCGCCAACUAAAGUCAUGUAUCAGGUGUCGUAUGAACAGAGGGCGUUGCCUUCCAAACCCCUCCUUCCCUUCCGGACCCUGCCUCACGUGUCAACUCAUGACUGGCCCAACACUGAGCAAGAUGCCAUGUUACCGCUAUAUUAUUACGGAAGCUUCCCUCUAUCGCGAACAAAAGGCCCCCUGGCAGAUCUUCAGCCGUCGCUGGCAAAGCAUGGACAUUGUCGACAUUUCGUCGUCCGACUGGGCUCCCUCUUCUCGUAUCAGAACCAUCAUGGUCAGCCACCUCAACGUUCCAACACAAUUUGCAUUUCAGGUCAGGGAGUUUAUUCCCACCGCUGGCGACAUCUUGGAAGACGAGGUUGCCGACCCUGUGGAAGGGACAGUGACAAAAGUCCCGUUGCCGAGGUUUGCAGUAGCGGAUAUGAAGGCCACAGCGGAGAACAUGAGGGGCUUUGUAGAUGGAAAUGUCCACAACUUCAUCACAGCCAUGGUGGGGCGAGAUGAGCUGUUGUGGGAGACGUAUUUGAUGGCUUUCAGGCAAAUCGGGUUGGCGAGGACAAAACAAGAACAAACCCUCCUGUCAAACACAUUCCGUCUCUGGGUUGUGUGCCGCAUGACAAGCUCACCAGUGUACAUCUGCGGAGACGACAAGCUUGGAGGCACUCCGCACCCGCUUUACGACAACCGCGUCAUGAUGCCCUUGCUGAUGACGGCACAGUUUGAGUGCAUCAACUACACUACCUUUCUAAGACCAUGGAGCAGGGCGGUGUUGAAACAGCUGAACGACUUGGUGUUGGCGAAAAAGAGAGAAUACUGGUUAACCAUUUAUUUGACAAUGUUUGUGUUACUGCACAGCUGCGCCAUGAUCACCAAGCGGGACGAGGAAACCGCGAGGCAGUUUAGGAUACCUGGUAAAUACGCCAACCCAGCCAGUAUCAGAGAACAUCACUGUGGUGCCCAGACGAUGCUUGCCCACUUUCACUACAUCAAUCGAGGGGUCGUUCCCUUUUCGCUGCCACUACAUACAAAAGAUGGAAGAAGUGAUCUGGCCAAGGCAGCAAAUUUGACCGAGGAGCAGAUCAGCUUUGUGAGAAUGACAGCCGAGAUGGUCAAAGACAACGCAAGACAAAGCACCAUGAGAACUGUCCGAGAACAGGAAGACGUCGGUCAUGAUUUGUACUGGGUUUCUAUGCUCUAUGACCAGGAGUGGAGGCCAAAAAAAAACGAGACCAAGAAGAACAGACCUGCUGAAGAAGCACUAUCGAAGAAGAUUCCUCAGUCACAGGAACCACCCGUAUUCAACACCCUCCCAGUCACGGGGUGCCUCAACGGGGCAUAGUCCCAAUACCUCGCCCUCUUAUCACUCCCCUCAUCCUCAAAAUCAUCAUCAAACACCCUCGCCCAAGCCAGCCUCAACGGCCGAGGCAGGUUCCAGCACAUUCCCUCAUCAUUAUUCAGCCAGAUCCUCACCAGAUGCCUCGGUUUACUCCCCUGUACAUUCUCAAACGCCUCUCUUCUGUGAAGCAAACCGAGGUUGUUCACAAACCUGAUGUCACCCCUCUCCAUCCGGGGUUUGAUCUCAUGUUUCUUGGCGAUAAAAUGAACCGCGUCGAGGGCCUCGGCUUGCGCCUCUGUCAACCCUGGAAUAGCAUUGCUCCGCGGGGUGAAGGGUGCAUGGCCGACGAGAAGACGGCGGGAAAAGGAGGUGAUGAGGCGGUGGUCGUGAAAAUACAUCAGUGCCCGGCGGUAAAAGGGGGGGUCGCGGCCGUAGGUGUCGAACGGCCAGUCGGGGGAGGCGAGGGUGUGGAUGAGGUCCGGGCGGGUGGCCGCGAGCUCGUUGUAGACUGUCCAGGCUGAGGCAAAGGUGGAUCUGCCGCCUGAAGAGGCGAGCUCUUGGGUGAAGAGACAGAGUGUGUCGGUUACGGUGUCGGUAUGGAAGGGUUUGUCGGAGGAGUAGAUGCUGUCGUGGAGAAUGGACUCAGCGGACUGAUCCCCGCGCUGCAUGACGUGAAUGAGCAUCGAGCCGCGCUGGUCCUGACGGCCGCGCCGGGAGGCGACGUAAGACGAGAGGCCGAGGUAGAUGGUGGUCAGGUCGGCGAGGGGGUAGUCGUCGGGGUCAAGACCGCGGACGAUGUGAAAGCCUUUGCCGAGAUAGAUGUCGUUGCAGAUGCCGGACAAGAUCGGGCCAAGGUCGGGAAGGGGGAAGAGGUACUUGGUCACUUUCUGAGAGUCGAGGUUGUGGGAUUUGAAGAAGGCGAGGGCGGCCAGAAUCUCGGUCUUGUCAGACGGGGUGAGGUGGUAGACGUAUUCGUCUUCAGAAGGGAAUGAGUUUGAGGUCCAGACCAGGGGUCCUGAGAGCUUUGUCGGCCAGCCGUCAGGCACCGAGGUCGGAAGACCGCCUGCUUUGAAACGAGCUGUCGACCGAGCACGGUAUUUGGCUUCGUCGACUUCAUACUCAAUGUCCGCGCAUUUGCCUCCGUUCAGGCGAGCAUCUACAUCGGCUUGUUCGAGCCGGACAUGAUCGAUGUUGAAGCGGGCACGCAGACCCUGAGAGUAAUAGGGUGCCGGAGUAGUAGCGGCAUCACUGAGCAUGGUCAUGUUGCGUACCUUAUCCGACUAAAGAGUUGACAUGGAAAAUGGAAGCUGGGCGUGUUGGUGUAUUGGUUUCGUGACAAGAUGGCUGGCAUGGAGAAAGAGACAGAACUUCGGUCGAGCAUUUCUUCAGCUCUUAUAGACUAUUUCAGGAUGACCGAAAUCUCAACAGCCUCACAUAGGCCUCAGACACCUGCUCCAUCAGUGACGCAAGCCACUCGGAGGUAAUCAUCAUCACCAGUGAGCUAUUGUGGAUACAAGCCAAGGCCUAAGGUGUGCUUUCAGUCGGCGAUUGGGCUGACCUUCAAAGUGUCGGCCGCCUGCCUGUCGAGUGAGGUGCCGUGGGCCGAUGGUCUGGACGAGUCCACUGGAUGACCUGGGGGCCAUGAGGAGUUAGAUCAUCAUAUUGGCCUUUCAGUGCGUUGAGUAUCGCAUUAUUAUUACAGAACAACAAGACCGUAUAUUACCCC